AUGGUCAACGAGGGGUCCGAGUGCGGCUCACUUGUGGCGAGUAGCAUUGAUCGGAAUGGCGAACUGCGCUUACCUCCGGAUGGCAACCAGGCACUCUUCUUAUUGGCUGGCAUGUUCGGUAGCAAAUAUGACAACAGCGACGGCGGGGCAGAGGUGAACCUGCGGAUAGCGCAGCUGGUUUUCCAUGAGUUCCGGGACAACGGAGACGUGAUUGAGUACAGCAUGUGUGGUCGAGGAUCUUUAACCUGGAAGGAGCGGCACUUCUAUCUUGGAUGCCCCAAAGAGAAUCCGCUUGAGAUCGUGUAUUCCGACAACAGCUUGGGGUGUCUCUUCUGCAGCACCAUCUUGGAAUCUGGAGAUGCCAUAUCUAUCCAUAUCUCAUGGUUUUGA